AUGCAGCGCGUCAUUCGCCAAGGCAAGACUCCUGAUGGGGAGGAUGGAGACACAGCAAGGAAGCUGCAGGCCAGGCUGGAGAGGACGCAGCAGACAGCAGCAGAUGCAAGCGCUGCAGCGCGUAAAUCAGAGCAUGAGUGCGCCAACCUGCAGAAGCAGAGCACGCAGUUGCGGGAGCGCAUUAAGGAGGUGGAGCACAUACAGAAGGCCACCGUUGGAGAUGUGGUGCACCUUAAUGGGCAGCUGGGCAAGCAGGCAGCAGCGAUGCAGUCCAUGUCCCAGCAGCUGAGCAGCAUGUCUCGGCAGCAGGCCGCAUGCGCGAGCCAUGAGGCGAUGGCGUCCCUGGCUGAGCAGGUGGCGCGGCUGGAGGGGGUUGCGGCAGCCAGCAUAGCGGCCUGCGAGGCUGCGCAGGCGGACAGGGACCGGUUGUGGCAGCGGAUGGAGGACAUGCAGGCGCAGGCCAGCGCGUCGCUGGAGCAGCAACAGGCGGCGCUACAGCAGCUCGCGAGGUGGCAGAGUGCCUUCGGCGCAUUUGCGCGUGAGGUCAGCGGCAGUCCCCGGCCGAGGAGAGCUGGCGCGGACACUGCCCCUACCAGGAUGCUGCCUGCUGAGGGCGCUAGGGAGCCGGCCGGCAGCUUGCAGCUCGUUCCCUACAGCGGCAAUGACAGCGCCUCCUCGGGCAGCGGCAGCAGCGGGCGCGCGAUGCAAGCCGCUGUGGCGCCGAUGAUACCGGGAGACAUUGUGAGGUUGCAGGCGCCGGUGUCUGAUGGGCCCGCAGCCAGCACCGGCACGGUGGCGGGCCCUGGCGACGGCACUCCGCGGCACGUGGGGCGGGAGAGGCCGGCGGCGCAUCCGGCCGAACUGCCGCCGGCAAAGCGGCACCGGCCGGACACGGCCGGCAGCGGGGGCGACGAGGGCAGCAAUGCCGUGCGGACACCCACGGGGACCGUGCUCACUCCGCGGCAGCACCAUGAGCGCGCGCAGGACGCCGUAGCGCAGCGCGUCAGCAUGCCCGACAGCGGCCCCGCGCUGCACCGGCUCACCCCCGAAGCCGAAGGCGGCAGCGCGGCCUCGGGGACGGCCGUCACCAAGGCGUGGAAGUGCGAGAGCGCCGCCGUGAGCGUGGUGGAGGGGUGGCUGGGAGAGGUGACAGGGUGCGUCGACCAGCCGGUGACCGAUGCGCUCGCGCGAGGGGCGGCGGCCGGCCUGCGCGAUGCGCUCGCCGCCGGGCAGUGCCCGCUCAGCUGCGUGGUGGCCGGCUUUGAGACCGCGCUGCUGGAGUCUGCCGCGCCCCGCGGCCUUGGCUGCAACCCCGUGGAGGACUGCACAGGGGAUGCUGCUUCCAGCGGCAACGCUCAGGCCGGGGUUAUCGAAGACAUCCCCUUCAGUGCGGUGUGGUGCCGGCGAGAGGUGCUGCAGACGAGGUGCUUCACCGGCCUCAUGGUCUGUGCACGGGGGCUGGAGCGGCUGCUCGGGGCGCGGCAGCAGGACAGCUUUCUUAAAGGUCUCCUGCAGCGGCUGCAUGCUGCUGCCGUUCGUCCGCCGCCUGGCCUGCACACAGCGCUCCACACCCCUGCAUGCUCCGCCGCGGCUGCCUGUGCCUCACUGUACCGUGCCCAGGGGAACGCAAUGCGGGUGCUGGUGUUUGAGCUGGCUACGGCAGAACCCGAGCUGAGCGCGCGCAUGCUGCCGCGGCUGGCCGCUGCCGUGCUGGCCUGGCCGGCUGCGCUUGCUUCCGACCCUCGACCAGGCGGCGGUGUCCUGGGCUCUUCCUUGCUGGCCGCUCUCCACGACCUGAGCUCCACCGCGCUCCAGGAACAGGGCAGAGCAGUGGACGACACUGCUACGGCGGCCGGGUCGGUGUCGGGGACGACGUCAGCGACAGAGCUGCUCCCGGGAGUCUCGGCGGCGGCUGGGUCGCUGCUGCGAGUGUGCGAGGAAUGUGGGGUGCGAGCCAGAUUAGGCGGGCAAGGCCAGGAAAGGUGGCCGGCCUUGCUGGCGGCGCUUGGUGCUUCGCUCCGCCGGGCGACGGCACUGGCGGCGGCCGGAGCGGCUCAGCCUGACGCGUGGCACAAUGUCGCCUGCGAACUGCGAGUCGCCACUGUGUGCCUGGGUCCAGCUCGCUGCAAGGGAGAGGAAGAUGUCACAGCAGCAGAUGAGGCAGGGCUGGAGAACCUGCAUGUGGUGCUGGGUGAGGCAAGCCAUGCAGGGAUCCUGGACAUGGUCUUCAGCUCUGCAUGGCUAGCGCUUCCUGUGGAAACCUUCUGCGGACUGCUUCUGCGGCUCGUGCCAAAGGAUCAGGCGUACAGGCGUACCUGUGCGGCCCUCAGCGUGCUGCGCGUGCGGCUUGAGGCCCUUAGUGGCCCAGCACCGCGCACACUAGUGCUAGCCACCGUGCAGGCAGGCAAGUACAUGCAGCACAUGAUGCAUGCAAUCUAA